AUGUCACAACGUUCUCAACAGCAAGGGAGUCGCAUGUCUCAUAAUUAUAGUCCUGUUCUUGCUCUUGGUGGUAUUCGCGAUCCUGCUAGUAAAUUUCCUAACGUUGCUGCUCUUCGUGACACUUAUGAUCGUGAUUAUAUUCAUGGUAAUCGUGACACUCGUAAUCGUUAUGCUCAAACUUAUGCUGCUAUUGCUUUUGCUAAUCCUAAUGUUCUUCCUCUUCCUAUCUAUGAUGGUAAUGAGGAUCUUCCUUAUAAAAUUCCUGAUCCUCGCAACUGGUGA